CACAAUGUUUCCACUACGCCACCCAUGUAGCAGAUGAGAAUCUAGAGACGCCGUGACCACGCCCUGGUGUUACCAUGGAGAUGUACGACGAGGACCUGGGGGAGAACGUGUUCUUCCAGAACCUGCGUACAAAACACACACAGCUGUACGAGGAGGCAGCCUUUAACAGGUGGAUGGUCUGUGUACCAAGACAAGGAACGGCGUCCCGACAUCAACAGAACAAAGAAGAUUUCGAGAACCACAUUCUCCGACCUGUGAGAGACAAGGACGAUGUUUUUCUCACUGCAAACAACAAGGAGGUUCAGGUGAAAGGGAACACCAUCACCACAGUGAAGGGGUUUAAGGAGCUGAGGAACGUGCUGGUCCUGUUUGAGGAGACGUUCUACAACAGCAGUGACCAGAGUUACAGGGUGCUGUGUCUGGACCAGUUCCUGGAAGGCAGGACAGAGUCUGUUCAGGAGCCCCUGCUGGUAUCCCUUCAGUCAUUGGACGACUGCACGGAGUACCUGUGGGGUCGUCAUGGCAACCACCGCACCAGGAGACAGGUGGAUCAGCGCGUGCAGCACUUCAUCGGGUCGUACCACCAGCUGGAGGGGGUGUCCCUCAGGCACACCAUGGAUGCGGCAAAUACCCUGUUUGUUCGAGCAAUGCAGACAGCCCUGAAGGACAACAACAUGGGGAAAAUUGCGAAGCAGAGCACAAUUCACAUGGACAACUUGAAAAUUGCUAUGGAGACCUAUGUGAUGCAUGGUGUCUUCAACAAGGUGUUCAACACCAUCAGUACAUUCACUGCUGCUCAGGAUGCUGCCCUGAACAAGGUCACAAGAAAUCUGGCAGAUGUCCAACUUCGAGAUUUGGGGGUCAGGAAAGAGUUUUGGCAAAGUGUUCCGAGAGCGAGACGUGAGCUCCAUGGACUGAACAGGUUCUGUUCCCCUCUGGAGAAACUGUUGUGUGUGAAACGUGCCAUCACUGCUAUCACCCGCCCCUCCCCACUACACAAACGCAAGGAGUCAGUGACGAUGUCCUCGGAUGACCUGCUGCCAAUCCUGGUGUACCUGGUGAUCAAGGCUGACAUCCCCAACUGGCUGGCUAACCUGAGGUACCUGCACAACUUCAGGUUCUCCAGACCUGCCAACGAUGCCUUCGGGUUCUAUCUUGCAUCUCUUGAAGCUGCAAUAGAGCAUGUUAAGAGUGGGAGUGUUGGAGUAGAGGAGGGUUCAGACCAAACGCUGACCUCCAGUCCCCAGUGGCAGGCUAUACAGAGACAGAGUUCACAGGACAACUCCACAAUACUGGUACUGUUUGAGCACAUCCGUGAAGGUACAGUAGAGAAUGUACAGGACAUGUUAGAGGUGUCCACACCUGACCACACCCAGCUCAGGACCAAGAUGUGCCACCCUCUCUGCUCCUGUGACAGCUGUGAGAGACUGGUGUCAGGGAGGAGAAAUGACCCAACCGCUGUCACAGCCUACUCCAGAGAUGACAAGGGGCUAACAGCUCUCCAUGUCGCAGCCAUAUAUGGACGAGCUGACAUGAUAGACCUCCUAGUUACGAAGGGUGGAGUAGUGAACGCUACAGACUACCACGGCUCCACCCCUCUCCACCUGGCCUGUCAGAAAGGUCACCAGUCUGCUGCUCUGUUGCUGCUACACUUCAGUGCCGAUGUCCGGGCUCAGGACAAUGACGGAAACACCCCACUUCACCUCUGCUGUGAGAAUGGACACGAAGACUGUGUGAAGGCAGUGGUGUACUAUGACCGCAGCUAUGUGGUGCUGGACAUUAAUGCUGCUAAUGACAAUGGUGACACCCCCCUGCACCUGGCAGCCAGAUGGGGAUACUGUAACAUAGUGGACACUCUGCUCCAGAAUGGUGCCUCAGUUGAAGCCCUAAACAGGAAGAAACAGACUUCUCUAGACUGUGCACACAAUGAUACAGUUUCCAGAGUCUUGUUGCAGGCACUUGAAGACAGACGGGUGCAGGAAACAGAAGAAAAUUUUAUCAAGGUAGCCCGGGUUACGGUGAGUGUUUAUGAGUGGUCUAGACCCAUCGGCUGGGAUGCCAGCCCUCCUAAGCCCACCAGACCAGACAGAAGGGAGUCUGGUCCUCUCAGUAUCAACAAACUUCCCACUGCUGUACCUCAGGACUCCCCUCAACAGCAACGGGAAAAACAGGUUGAAAAACUUUUGAAGGCAGUUGCUGAUGGGGACAUAGAAAUGGUGCGUUAUCUGUUGUGUGUGGAGAGUUCAGAUGAAGAUGAGGAUGUGUUUGAUGCCAACGCCUCCCUCUGCCACCCACUGUGCCAGUGUGAGAAAUGUCACCCUGUACAGAAGAGAACAGCAGUGAUGUCGGUUGACGAGCUCAGCGUGAACUCGGCCAAUGAGGGAGGUUUUACGUCCCUUCACGUGGCGGCGCUACACGGACACAAGGACCUGGCGCUGCUGCUACUGCGGAACGGAGCCAACGUGAACGGGCAGAACAAAGCACAGCGCAACACGCCCCUCCACAUAGCCUGUCAACAUAAUCAUGUAAAGAUUGUGUCAGCCCUGUUGGACCACGGUGCCAAGUGUAACGUUAAGGACCAUAACGGGUGUACGCCGCUGUACCUGUCUGCCACCGCGGGAAACCUGCAGCCUGCUCAACUGCUCAUUCAGAAAGGUGCAAACGUCAACCAGACAAAUCAGCGAGGUAACACGGCGCUUCAUGAGGCAGCUCGCUGGAACUACCCAGAACUGGUCUCACUACUGCUGGAACAUGGAGCAUCAGCAGCCAUCAGGAACAAAACUCAACUCACUGCACUGCAGUACGCACAUAAUGAAGCUGUUGCUGAGCUCUUGAGGAGCCACAUGGAGGAGAAACCAGCCGAUCAUGUCAACCUGAGACCUCGUGCCAGAACACCCUCGGGAAGUGCAGGCUCGGAAACCUCCGGGGUAGCAGGCACAAACUUACCACCCGGACACUCAGGUCCAGUGGGCAUCAAGGCUCUGUUCCAGGCAUUUGAUGCAGAUGACAUCAAACUGUCCAAACAGCUGGGCAAGGAGAUCAAGACGUUUGACAAGUCCAAGAGGUUGAAGAAGACCAUCACUCGAGACAGGAGCUAUCCUCAGCUACAGCUCCUAGCUGUUGAGCAGACACCACCUUCAGCCUUCAGUAGUGGUACAUGGCCCCCCACUGAGGUUGACUCAGCAACAGUUACAUCACCAGAAGCACAGGACCCUAUGACAGGCCUGGACACCCAUAACACAGGCCCGGUGGAGGUGACAGAAAAAGAGAUGGUGGAGGUGCCUGAGAGGGACAGGAAUACAGACAGGAGGGAGAACGAGGGGACGUGGCAGAUCCAGGAGAGGAUCACCGAGGUAGCGUCCCCGACACGGAUCCGGGAGUUUCUGACGUCCAUAGCCUCAAUCAGGCUGGUGGAGGCUGACAACAGUACAAGUGAACACGACACGGAGGACAGUCAUGUUUCAGACAUAGAGGGACCUUCUGAAAGAGGUAACACUGUGAAGAAUAUAGACGAAAACUCCUCAAACUUGGGUCAUGAAGGUAGAAAUGGCGAAGAUGCAUCUCCAAAAACUCCAUUGCAGCCCAAAUCUGGCAGCAACAACGGACAAACAUCGGCACUUGACAAUGCAACAGUUGUGCUAGCAGAGAAUCUGAUGGUGGAACCGCCAUGCAGUGACGUCCAAACUGCCCGAGAGGUCCUCCCUGACCCCAGUCCACAAAUGACCUUCGCAGUCAAGGACAUGGAAGAACUUCUGAGCGAAGCAGUCGAGGAAGAUGACUGCGAGAGACGGGAAGCAGAGUUUGUGGUCACCUCGGUUGUGGAGGAACUGGUCAGAAAUGUGGACAAACCUGUGGUGGAGGACAUAUUGGACGAUGUCAUAGAGUCUGUACUUGAGCAAAGUGCUUGUACAUCCUCAUCAGAGACACAGAGCUUUGGUAUGGCCACAAGUAGUGACGGUCUUGGAGAGAGUUCCCUCAAGGAAGCGCAAGUCUUUGACGAAUCGGAAAAAGAACUCCAAAACAUGCUGUCACUGAUAGACAACCCAUCCACCAAUGAUACAACCACAGAGUCAUCGUGGGAGGACAUCCCAGCUCAACCAAUGACUGAAGAGCUAGAGAGGACGUCAACCAAUGAGGACGUCUCUCCAGAUGUCCAAAACAACCAAUCAGAACAAUUGUUGCAUUCAGAAAACCAAGUGGAACAUUCUUGAAAGUGUGUCUAAACCAAUCACAACACAAAGACUGAAAGACUCUGAAUGUUUGAAUUGAAUGGAAAAUGAAGCAAGGCAAUCAAAAUCAAAAUACCCACAUUCAGGGGUCCAAUUUGGUUAUUGGUUGGACUGGACAUCUCUUAACUGGUGUUACUGGGUAUCUCUCAAUCAAUGAUACAAACAAGAAAGUUGUCUCUAUGUAUAGUAAUAAGCUAUUAGCUUGUGGUUUAAUAAUAUUAUGUGCAUGUGCAGUGUGAUACAUUUUGGGUAAAAGUACAGUAAUGUAAAAGUUGAAGAAGGCCCCCGGCAAUACACAGAAAAAUUAAUGUGAUAUAUUACACCCAAUGCACCACACCGCACAUGCCCAAAAUGACGUCUAUGAACAGGGUGUUCUCUCUAAGUCAUAUUACUCAAAAUUUCAAAUACUGUAGAUUUUGAAACUGUGUCCAGCAAAAAACACUAACAUCUAAAUUUUUGAAAAUCUCUAGUUUCGAGAUCCAGCUGUAAUAUAACAGUGGUCUAUUUUAGGAGUCCGAAGCAUUGACAUUUGCCUUUCAAAUUUGCUGUCACACCCAAUGUGUGCAUAUUAAUAAGAUGUGAAAGAUAUAGAUGUACAAUGUACAUUGAUUUCUUGUCUUUUAGACUGAAGUGAUUAUUGUAGCUAGCCAGGAUAUGUCAACUGGCCAUGUAGUGGCACACAGAGGUCUUGCAGAUGCGUGGAUUAAGUACAGGGUCUGUUAGAAUUGUAUUUGGUGGUGUUGAAUUGCCGGGUGGUUAGACUACUGGGGGGUCAUGUGUUUGAUACCUGGCAUUCCUGGCAAGAAGUGUCUUUGGGAAUGACAUGUGUAAAAUGGGCAUCUGACUUUGGUUGGGGAGGUAAAAUGUGGUAGAAAGAGAGGGGGGUGGACUCUGCCUUC